AUGGGAAACCGUGGAGGAAGCGGCCGCGAUCAUCGCCGUGAUGACCGUUAUAGAGAAAGAGAUGACAGUCGAUCGCAUAGACGAGAGCCGCCACGUGAAAAUCGACGAAGCAAUGGAACGAAUCAACAACCGAUGGAGAUGCACGGUAUGGAUAAACGCAUGAUGGGUGGAGGUGAUCGAGGUGAACGCAAUGAUCGUGGAAAUGCUGUCGGUGCUCGAAACAUUCAGCUGACUGGUCAGCCAUUCACUGACAAUGAGCUUUUGAAUGAUGUACCCAAGAAAAAGUUUACCGGACGAUGCCGUUUAUUCAUUGGAAAUCUACCAAAUGAUAUGAAAGAGGAAGAGUUAAAGCAAAUCUUCACUCCACACGGCGACAUUUCCGAAUGCUACUUAUCGGGCAAAGGUUUUGCCUUUCUGAGACUUGAUACUCGUGCUCACGCGGAAAGCGCCAAAGAGGCGGUGGACGGAUUACAGGUGAAGGGACGCCAAGUGCGUGUGCGAUUCGCCGUCCACGGAGCUGCGCUACGAGUGAAAGAACUUUCGCCAACUGUCUCAAACGAGAUGCUCUAUCACGCAUUUGCGCAUUUCGGUGACAUCGAAAGAGCCGUUCACGUAGUUGAUGAGAAAGGUCGACCCACUGGUGAAGGAAUCGUCGAAUUCGAGCGGAAACCAUCGGCCAACGAAGCGAUCGCCCAGAUUCGCGACAAAGUCUUCUUAAUAACCGCAUGUCCCAAGCCUUUGGUUGCCGAACUUCAAGAGCCAAAAGAUGAGGAUGACGGCUUAGCCGAGCGUAUGAUCCCCAGAAAUCCGAACCUCCAAAAGGAACGCGAAAUUGGACCCCGUUUCCCCGCGCCAAACAGUUUUGAAUACGUUUACGGUAUGAAAUGGAAAGAGCUGUACGAGCUCGAGAAGCAACGUCGAGCUCAACUCGAGGAAGAGUUGAAGGAAUCGAGGAGACGUCUAGAAGCUGAUAUGGAACUUGCCUACCAAGACUACCAGGCACAGAUGCUACGAGAAGACUUGCAACGCCGUCAACAAGAGCUAGAACGUUUGGAAGCGGCUCGACGCGAGAGAAUGGCCUCUUUGGGUGGUGGUAGAAGCAUGGUCGGUGGGCCGCCUGCCGGUGUGCCGGCUCCAUUCAUGCAACAGCAACAAUCAGCGUUUCCUGGUGGGAAUAAUCCUUUCGGAUUGGGAUCGAUGUCUGUUCCGCCGCCUCAACACCAACCCUUUGCAGCGCCACCGGUUUCCCAGCCACAAGGACAAGGUGGAGCCCGUCCAAAUGUGAUUGAAGGCGUGCAGCGGCUUCUCCAAAUCUUCAAAAAUGAUGAGCGUGGACCUCAACAGCCAGGAUCCGCGUUUGGCGGCUUUCAACAAGGGCACUUUGGUGGGGGAGCUUUUGGCGGACCUCCACCCGACUACAAUGCACCACCACCAUCAAAACGAGAUCGUCGU